AUGCCUCUGUCAAAAUCCUCGCUUCCUACUACGGUGACUCCUGUAACGACUACGGAGUCGGGGGAAGAAUACGCCGAUGAAAGGGAUUUCAAUAUAUUCGUAAUCGCUUUCAGUGCACUGCAGGAGGAGGUCACUCAUGACUGUCGACGAAUUGCCACCCUAUUGCUCUCUGGAUUUCUAGUUGUUGGAAUACUGCCACUCAAUUCUGAAUAG